CCCACUGUGCCCCACCCCGCUUCUACCUGUCUUUUCACUGACUAGCUGUCGUAUAAUGAGAAAAAUACUAAUAUUUUCGGAUCUAGCGUUGUUUUUGUUACUGAAUUGAUAAUUUUAUACAUCUACAAUGGAUAAAUGUGGGAUCUGCUUAAAACCUACAGUUCCACUUUUUGAAACUGGUAAAGAUGGAGUUUAUGCUUGCUUUAAAUGCCAACCUUUGGUCCCAGAAGUUACAUUAGAUGACAAUAAUUUGGAUGAAUCAGAGCAGCAGUCACAAUCUUCAAAUAAAGAUGAGGACAACGAAGGAAGCCUCUAUUGUAACAUCUGUAAUAAAUCAUUCCAGAAGUCAAUGCAGCUUCAGAACCAUAUGCGCAACCAUCGCGCCGAGAGGCGCUUUGUGUGCACUUAUUGUAAUAAAGCAUUCUCUCAGUCUAACAAUUUGAGGGCGCAUCUUCGUAUUCACACAAACGAGCGUCCAUAUAAAUGUCAAGAGUGUGGAAAAGCCUUCACUCAGGUUACAAAUUUAAAUAACCAUGUCCGCCUUCAUACCGGAGAGAGGCCGUUCGUGUGUCCGGAGCCUGGCUGUAAUAAAGCAUACGCCCAGGUGACGAAUUUAAAUCAACAUCGCAAGCGACAUAUGACAGGGCGACCCAUGGAACACACUUACGAUUGCACGGUAUGCGGAGAGAGAUUCUCACAAAGGAACCACAUGUACACACACAGAAGAGAAGCGCACGACAUCAAGAGCCCGGUGCGGAGCGCGCAGCGGCACGCCUGCAAGCUGUGCGCCGUCAGCCUGCCCAGCGAGCGCCACCUGCAGCUGCACAUGGAGCAGCACGCGCACGACAAGGACGCCGCCGAGGAGCACAACUGGGGCGUGUCGUGCGUGUUCUCGUCGUGCGGCGUGCGGCUGUCGUCGGCGCGCGAGCACACGGAGCACCUGCUGCGCGCGCACCAGCUGCGCGUGCUGGCCGCGCACCACGCGCCGCCGCGCCGCGGCCGCCCGCCCAAGAUAAUGAAAGAUCCCCUCGAGCUCUCCAAUACGGAUUACGACGAGGUUAAAAUUAUAAAAGAGGAGCCUCAAUACUUGCCCAAGUUGAAAGUGCAGAGUUUGUUUCAGUGAUAGAGAUAUAUGAAGGACAAUUACAUAGCCAGGUGAAAAUGAUCUAAUCUAUUCAUUUUUUUAUUAGAAAGAACCAUAUAUUGUACUUAGUCGGAUAAUAUUGCAUAUGAUUUGAAAAUUAUUCGUAUGUCGCUAAGUUAAAAUGUUCAAGAGAUCUAUAGUUAUGAAUAAUUAUAGUAUAAUUAAGUGAUAAAUGUAAGUGCAAUUUACUUAAAAUUAUAUAGUUGUAAGUUGUAAAGAUUAUCAUAGCGUAAAAGAGAUAUUAUAGGCAAUAAUGAUACACAGAUUAAAAAGGUAACGAGUAUAUUUUAUA